AAUGAAAGUUUAAACAUGCAAAUUAAAGAAGCCACUAAGACAAUAAAUGACUCUUCUUUUUGCUUCCCAAUUCUGCCUGCUCACUAGUAGUGGCUUUCCUGAAGUUUUUCUAACCUGUUUCAGGAUCCUUUUUUGUUGAUAUCCACCUGCAAAUUCCUUUCUUUCCAACCCAUCACUUAAUUUUUCUGAAGGUGAAAUGUACCAACAUCUAUAAACAACUUCAGAAGUCCAAUACAAUCAUAGCAUUGUUUGCCUAAUAUAUAUGUGUAGUGAGGAGGAGCCCACCUGCAGCUCUUAACAUCCAAAGGCUUAAUUAAACAAAACAAAAAAACUUCUGCAAAUAUUUUUCUCAGACUUUUGCCAAGAGCAAUGUGUUCCUAUCCUGGCAGAUACCCAGGCAAGGACAAAUGAAGAUGGAGAGAGAGAAGAAGAAAAUAUAAUUUGUCCAUUUUAAUCUUCAGUACCUCCCACUACCAGAAUUCGUUUGCCAAACAUAAUUCCUAGAAAGAAUAAGAGCUGCCAAUUACUGUGAAACAGCAUUGCGUGAGUCCAUCUAAUUCCACAACCUGACAUUCUUUAGAUGUGUUGGGACUACAAUACCCAGAAUUUGCAUCAUUGACUGGGAAUUUUGACAGCAGCAGUGCAAGUGUCUCUGGCAUCAGGUUUGGAUACACUGGAAUUUUUCAUGAAGUACUUUUCUGAUGGCACUCCUAAGUAACGUAGCUGUAAAGGAACUGGACACAUGAGUAUUCCUGAUGAAUGUGAUUUGAGUUCUGUAAUAGACAUCUAUUCUUAACAAUAGCCGUACAGAAAGUGUAACCACCUGCAGAUCUAAACUGGAGCAAUGACCCAGAAGAACUCCUAGAUGUAGAUGUGCAUCUUUUCCAUGGACUUUGAUUAGAGGUGAUACAGCCUCCUCACAACUCAACGUAAAAGAUGAGUGAUGGGGUGUGGAUCAUGCUUAGUCCAGCAGAGUUUGCUCAGCUGCAGCAGUAUUCUGAAUAUUCUACCAAGAAAUUGAGAGAUGUUUUGGAAGAAUUUCAUGGGGAUGGUAUUCUGUCAAAAUAUAAUCCAGAACAAAAGCAAGACACUUUGAACCAACCUAUUGACUAUGAGGGGUUCCAACUUUUUAUGAGAACAUAUCUGGAGGUGGAUAUUCCAGAAGAGCUCUGUGAGCACCUCUUCAUGUCCUUCAAAAGAAAAGUUGGCCAAUGUUCUCUCGAGAACCAGCAGCAAAGUUCCAGUAUUUCACAGCUGAGCAACCUUGAAUCCAAGACUCUUGAUACAGGUAUAUCCAUCCAGACAGAAGUUGCUUGUGCUCCUGUUACAGGGAUCAAUGGGAAACCGCUUCUAAGUGCCAUGGGAAGGCAUACACCUGAAUCCAAACGCCCCCAGACAAGUCUAGCAGAGCCACAAUCAACAUCUCUCAGUCCUGUUCCAACAUCCAACAUCAAAGUCCUUGGGAAUGCCUCACCUAGCUGGUCCAGAUCAUCAUCACAAAAAUCCACUGCUGGUAACCCUUCUGCUCACAAUUCCUCAGGGUCCUCCAAGAUAUCCUCAGGUUCUCUGCUUACCCCACAAUCUCCAGGUUCCAAAAGUUUGGACAAGAAACUUCCUUUCAAUCUCCGAAAGAGUAACAUCUCCCUAAAAGCAGCCAGUCCACACCCACCAGCCCCUUUGGCUCAGGUAGUCUACCUGAAGGACAUUGUCUGCUACCUGUCACUGCUGGAAAGGGGACGGGCUGAGGAUAAGCUGGAGUUUAUGUUUCGCCUCUAUGAUACAGAUGGCAAUGGCUUCCUCGACAGCUCGGAGCUCGAUCGUAUUAUCAAUCAAAUGGUACAUGUAGCAGAAUAUCUGGAAUGGGACUCCACAGAAUUAAGACCAAUUUUGAAAGAGAUGAUGGAAGAAAUAGACUAUGAUCAUGAUGGAACUGUGACACUUGAAGAAUGGAUUCGGGGUGGUAUGACCACCAUCCCUCUGCUUGUUCUUCUAGGCAUGGAAACAAAUAUAAAGGAUGAUGGCCAACAUGCUUGGAGAUUGAAACAUUUCAAGAAGCCUGCCUACUGCAACUUUUGCCGUACUAUGUUACUGGGAGUUAGGAAGCAAGGCUUAUGCUGUUCCUUUUGUAAAUAUACUGUCCAUGAAAGAUGUGUGUCCAAAGAUAUUCCUCCUUGCAUCAGUACUUACGUAAAAUCCAAGAGAAAUACAAAUGCUAUGCAGCACACAUGGAUUGAGGGCAAUUCCCCAGCCAAGUGUGAUCGAUGUCAUAAAAGCAUCAAAUGCUACCAGGGAAUUACCGGACUACAUUGUGUAUGGUGUCAAAUCACACUUCACAACAAAUGUGCCUCACAUAUGAAACCUGAAUGUGAUGGUGGGCAUCUAAAAGACCACAUCUUGCUGCCUUCCCAGAUCUGCCCAGUUGUUCUGGAUAGGCAAUCCCACUCACGAAGAUCAGAGAGUGAAUCACCAUCCAGCACCACCCCCGAGGAUGCAAACAUGAUCUUCAAAUACAAUACUACCACGGUGGAUGGACAUGGACUGCAGAUCACGCCUAAGCCAGGAACCCACCCAUUGCUGGUAUUUGUGAAUCCCAAGAGUGGAGGAAGGCAAGGAGAAAGGGUACAUAGGAAAUUCCAUUACAUACUCAAUCCCAGACAAGUUUACAACCUGGAUCGUGGAGGACCUAAUCCUGGAUUAAACUUUUUCCGUGAUAGCACAGACUUUCGUAUUUUGGCUUGUGGAGGAGAUGGGACGGUUGGAUGGAUCCUGGACUGCAUAGAUAAAAUGAACUUAGCAAAGCACCCUCCUAUGGCUAUCCUGCCAUUGGGAACAGGGAAUGAUCUUGCCCGCUGCCUCCGAUGGGGAGGAGGUUAUGAAGGAGGCAACCUAAUAAAAAUACUUAAAGAUAUUGAGCACAGUACUGAGGUAAUGCUGGACCGAUGGCAAAUUGAUGUCAUUCCCAAUGACAAAGAGGAGAACGGAGAUCCUGUCCCAUACAGCAUCAUCAACAACUAUUUCUCCAUAGGAGUAGAUGCAUCCAUUGCACAUAGAUUCCAUUUGAUGAGGGAAAAGCAUCCUGAAAAAUUCAAUAGCAGAAUGAAGAAUAAAUUGUGGUAUUUUGAAUUCGGCACAACAGAAACAUUUUCAGCCACUUGCAAGAAACUUCACGACUAUGUAGAGAUUGAGUGUGAUGGAGCAGUUUUGGAUCUGACUAGCACUUCAUUGGAAGGAAUUGCAGUCCUUAACAUUCCCAGCAUGUAUGGUGGCUCCAAUCUCUGGGGGGAAACCAAGAAACAGUGCAGCUAUAACCGCAUGAGCAAGAAAAUACCUGAAAAGUUGCAAUCCUCAGUGGUUACUGAUGCCAAGGAGCUCAAGUUUUGUGUCCAAGGUCUUAGUGAUCAGCUCUUGGAAGUAGUUGGUCUUGAAGGGGCAAUGGAAAUGGGACAGAUCUAUACUGGACUGAAAAGUGCUGGAAAGAGAUUGGCCCAGUGUUCCGCUGUUGCCAUCAGAACAACCAAACUGUUGCCCAUGCAAGUGGAUGGAGAGCCUUGGAUGCAACCACCUUGCACAAUUAAAAUAACCCACAAAAGCCAAGUGCCAAUGUUGUUAGGACCUCCCCAAAAGAGCAGCUUUUUCUUCCUGAGGAGAAGAAACCGAACUCGAGACUAAUUUUCAAUCAAGCAAAGAACAACCUUCAGAAGCAGCAGUUCUCCAUUCAAGUGGCAACCACCCAGAGAAGGUCUGCAGGGAAAAAAAAUCUUAAUCCCUCCAGAUUCCUGGCUUCUGAAUCUGCUUUGGAAACAUCAGUCUGGAGGCAGCAUUAUGAACUCUUAGUAGAAAAUAACAGGGUUGACAUUCGGCAGCCAAACUGAAAUAGCAGUGUGGGUUCAUAUAUCCAUGUACACAUAGCCACUUUCUCUACAUAUUAUUGGCUGGGAUAGCAUUGACACUGAAGAUUCAGAAGGAUUUUUGCCCUCCAUAAUACCACAGCCCAAGAAGAGGAAGCUGUUACUGCUCUGGUUGGGCUGUGGUAAAAUCUGAGACUCUGCUAAAGAGAGUUGCUCUGGGCAGCCUUGAAUUAUACAGUCCUAUCAGAAAGCAAACAAGCAGACAUGGAAACAGCAUGUCUGACAUUGCCUUCCAGAUGGAAUGAAGGAGAAUUUUCAUCUUAUUUAAACUCUUUAGAAACCCCUCUCCAAAAAAAAUAACCCUGUUGAAGCAUCAAAUUUGGCAAGGAACCAAACUUAGCUUAUUUAUUUUUAAGAAAUUCUGUAAGCAGAUAAGUGUUAUUUUGUUUUACUACUGUUUGGGUCACCAAACUUGAUAAGACAUGCUAUUUAUUUUUCAAAGUUUAGAAAACACAGGGGGAGAUGAAAAGGGAAAGGAAGAGAAAUGUUAUUUUUCUCCAACUCUAAAACAAGAAAGCUCCUUGCUAGUUCCAGGCAUAAUUUUUAGUUUUAAAAUAAAGUGGAAAUUGGUUAGCUGUUCAGCUAACCUGCAGUUAGCUUUCAGAGGCACAGGAAUACACAAAAAGUUUGCCACAAAGAAGCCAAAUUCAUCAGAGGAAAAAUGAAGAGUAAAAGUGAGAACUUCCUUUGGAAGGAAAAGGAAAACUCAGGUUAUAUUAAAUGUAUGAGUAUGUUGAUAACCUCCACGAAUUUAGGGAUACCUUCAGGUUUGAUACCAAUUCCAUUGUCCAGUUAAUGUUUUUAAAUUUUCUUUUCACAUAUAGGUUUAACAUAACUUCACUCCAGAAAUAUUUUAUACACAUAUUUUAAAGCUUUUCUAUGGAAAUUUCAGUUAAGAUGGGAUUCCUUUUAAAUUUUAUCUCAGUAUGGGGCUGAUUUAAGUAAUUGAAAAUACUAGAUGUCUACAAACGCCUGCAUAUAUGAUCAGGAUUUAAUGCAGAGCUGCAUGCAUUAAAUUCUGAGGUAGGCAUUUAUAUGCCACUGAUAUUAUAAUAAAAUGUAAGCAAACUCAGAAAUCAAAGUAAUGAGUUAAUUUUCAUCCCAUACAUUGGCUUUUGCAACAGAAAACUACCCAACCAGCAAUCCUAUAUACAUUUUUGGAAUUAAGUCCGAGGGGGCGCAAUGGUUAGAGUGGGGUACUGCAGGCUACUUCAGCUGACUGCUAGCUUUAGUUCAGCAGUUCAAAUCUCA